AUGUGCCAUGAUGCUAAAUGCACCAUCAACAACCCUAGUAUUAAAUACAAAUCCUAUCAUUCAGGUGAUCUCAACAUUGGUGGUAUUAUUUCUCUGAUCUAUGUGAUGUCUAAUUUGAUAACUUUCAAAACGAUUCCAUCUGAAGAACUUCUUGAUGACCCCAUUUAUUUCAUGGCAACAUGGACCUACCUUGCUUCUAUGGAGCUUCUUUCUUCAUAUGGCAGAUUUGUUCCCAAUUACAAAUGCAGCACCCACCAAAGCUCAGUUUGUGUUAUUGCUGGGCCCAACUCUCAUAUCUCCCAGGUUAUGGCAGACAUCCUGAGCAUUUACAAGAUUCCACAGCUCACAUAUGGCUCUGUUCCAGUGAUCAAUAAUGUUAUUCACUCAGUUUUCUUUCAUCAGAUGUUUCCAAAUGAGUAUCUCCAAAUUAUGGGGAUCCUUCAGUUGUUGCUACAUUUUAAGUGGACCUGGAUUGGGGUGAUUUGUCAAGCAAAUGAGAUUGGUGAAAGAUUUCUGCGGGAAGUUCUGAUCCUGUUUUCUGAAAAAGGAAUCUGCAUUGAUUACAUUGAAGAACUUCUAGUAGAAGUUGUUUCCAAUGAGGUGGGAGAAAAAAUGAAUUAUUUUCUUAAAACAUAUGAAAUAAUUAUGGGAAGUUUAUCCAAUGUUGUGAUUGUGUAUUGUGAAAACCAGCUCAUGGCUCUUUUCAGAAUGAUCUCCUCCGUUUCAGAAUAUUGGGACACAACCGUUGAGAGAAAAGACAAAGUUUGGAUUUUUCCAGCCCAGAUGGAAUCUACUUCAGUUUCAUUUCAAAGAGACUGGAGUAUGGACUUCAUUCAUGGUGCUCUUUCUUUUGCUAUUUCAUCAGAAGAAUUGUUAGAUUUCAAUAGGUUUCUUCAGAUGAGAAACAGAAUUCCAGGAAGGGGAGACCAUUUUUUAAGGGUCUUUUGGGAACAAGCCUUUGAGUGUUCUUUCUCAAAAGCCAUGUUAAACCUCAAGUCAGAGAAAAGGUGCACUGGGGAAGAGAAGCUGGAGGCUCUCCCAGUGUCUGUUUUUGAAUUGAGCAUGACUGGACAAAGCUACAGUAUCUACAAUGCAGUCUAUGCCGUGGCACAUGCUCUCCAUUCCAUGCUUACAUCCCACUCCAAACACAGAGCUAUGGCUGGUAAUGGGAAACUGAAUCCUCAAGCGUGGCAGCUUCAUCAUUAUCUGAGAAAAGUCUCAUUUAACAACAGUGCUGGAGAAAAAAUUUUCUUUGACCAGAAUCAGAAGGUUGCAACUGGCUUUGAUAUUAUCAACUGGGUCACCUUCCCAAAUCAAUCCUUUCUUAAGAUCAAAGUUGGAAAAGUAAAUCCAUUGGCUCAACCAGAAAGACUUCUCUCUCUAUCAGUGGAUAACAUUGUCUGGCCCAAUGUUUUCAAUCAGACUCAACCUCUUUCUUUAUGCAAUGAUCAUUGCUCCUUGGGAUACAGCAAGAUCAAAAUUGAAGGAAAGCCAUUUUGCUGUUACAGAUGCCUUCAUUGUCCAGAAGGGAAAAUUGCCAACCAGACAGAUUUAGAUGAUUGUUUCCUGUGUCCUAAAGAAAAUUAUCCUAACAAGGACAAGGCUCUUUGCAUUAAAAAACUCACAACAUUCUUGUCUUACAAAGAAAUCUUGGGAAUCACCUUGACCAGUGUUGCUUACUUCUUUUCUAUUAUCUCAGUUGUGGUGAUGUGGAUCUUCAUUAAACACCAAGACACUCCCAUUGUCAAAGCCAACAAUAGAAGCCUCACCUAUACUCUUCUCCUUGCUCUCCUGUUCUCUUUCCUUUGCACACUGCUUUUCAUUGGGCAACCUAAUCAAGUGAAAUGUCUCAUGAGACAAAUUGCUUUUGGUAUCAUUUUCUCUGUAGCUCUUUCUUGCAUAUUGGCUAAAACAAUCCUAGUGGUUCUUGCUUUCAUGGCCACCAAGCCAGGCUCCAAAAUGAGGAAAUGGGUAGGGAAAAGACUAGCCAAUAGUAUUGUGUCAUCUUGCUCCCUGGUGCAAGUAAUCAUUUGUAUUGUAUGGCUGGCAAUUUUUCCCCCAUUCCCUGAUUCAGAUAUGCAUUCCAUACCUGAAGAAAUUGUCCUGGAAUGUAAUGAAGGUUCAACCAUCAUGUUUUAUAUUGUUCUAAGCUUUAUGGGGUUCUUGGCUGCUAUCAGCUUCAUGGUAGCCUUCCUAGCCAGGAAGUUACCAGAUAGCUUUAAUGAAGCCAAAUUUAUCACCUUCAGCAUGUUGGUUUUUUGUAGUGUCUGGGUGUCAUUUGUUCCCACUUAUCUGAGCACCAAGGGAAAGUACAUGGUAGCUGUGGAGGUCUUCUCCAUUUUGGCUUCUGCAGCAGGAUUACUGGGUUGCAUCUUUUUCCCAAAAUGCUACAUUAUUAUUCUGAGGCCUGAUCUGAACAUAAAAGAGCAGCUGAUAAAGUAA